GUUACAGAUGUAACUGUAGUUUUCAGAAGCUAUUCUGAAUAUAGGAUCAUCUGGCUAUAGGAUGUAACCAGGACAGCAUACAGCAGCAGCUGGAUUUUCAGGGAUGGUGAAGCACAUGUCGUGUUCUGCGUACAGAAGAGCCAAGGAAGAGCAUGGAAGGGAAGAAACGGGAGAGUUUAUUCUUGUGCAGAGUAUCUCUGAGCUACCCAACAAAAAACCCUGCCAGUAGAAUUCAGAUCUUUCUCCAAGCCAGUGAAGCAGGCACUAACUGCGGACAUGACUACCCCAGGGACUCACACCUCCAGACAGAGCUGGAAAUGAGGGCAAGAGAAUCCAUCAUGAACUUUCUCUGCUCUCACAGUGAUAACCUGCUACGAAGAUCUGCGUGCCAAGAAGCCCAGGUUUUUGGCAACCAGCUGAUCCCUUCCAGUAUGCCAUUGAAGAAAGCAACAGUGUUCCUCAACCCAGCAGCUUACAAAGGCAAAGCCAGAAACCUUUUUGAAGCAAAUGCUGCUCCAAUUUUGCACUUAUCUGGCUUGGAUGUGACUGUAGUUAAGACUGAUUAUGAGGGUCAAGCAAAAAAGCUGCUGGAAUUGAUGGAAAACACAGAUCUGAUCAUUAUUGCAGGAGGAGAUGGCACAGUACAAGAGGUCAUAACUGGACUUCUGCGCAGAGCAGAUGAGGCUGCCUUCAGUAAGAUUCCUAUAGGAUUCAUACCUCUUGGAAAGACCAGCACCCUAAGCCACACGCUCUACCCUGAGAGCACAAACCAAGUUGAACAUAUUACUAAUGCUACAUUGGCCAUUUUGAAGGGAGAGACAAUUCCACUUGAUGUCUUGCAAAUAAAGGGAGAAAAGGAACAGCCUGUCUUUGCUGUGACUGGUUUAAGAUGGGGAUCUUACAGAGAUGCAGGAGUUAAAGCUAGCAAGUACUGGUACCUUGGGCCUCUGAAAACCAAAGCAGCUCACUUUUUCAGUACACUUAAGGAAUGGCCUCAGAAACAUCAGGCUGCUCUCAUGUAUCUGGGUCCAACUGAAAGACCUCCAGAAGAGCCAGAGGAAAAACCGUCCAGACCUCCUUUGUAUGUGAGGCUUUACAGACGUCUUCGGUUAUACUGGUCUUCUCCUUCAAAAGAAAUCCCCCGGGAGGUAGCCCCGGAGGACUGGGAAGAGCUGAAGCUGUCUACUGUUGAGCUUUCCAUUGCAACUCGGAACAGGCAGCUUGAUCUGACACACACAGAAGACUUCAUGGAUAUUUGCAUUGAAGCGGAUACUGUCAGCAAAGGGCAGUUUGUAAGCAGAGGAAGUCAAAAGAUGCGUGAUCCACAUAUAUGCCCUGAAGGGAGUCAGUGCAUCCAAGCCAGCAGAUGCAUCUUGCAAUUUCCAGAGGGCACUGAGGGAUCCUUUGGCAUUGAUAAUGAGGAGUAUGAAGCUAUGCCUGUGGAGGUGAAGCUGUUACCCCGGAAACUCCAGUUCAUCUGUGAUCCCAGAAUAAGAGAGCAGAUGCUCCGUGCAGCAGUACAAUGAGAAUUCAUGUCAAAGGGGCCAGUGUUUACCAGUCUUAUCGGGGUGUCUUCAAGGCACACAAGACCUUGCUAACUUGAUUACCCCCACCAGACUAAGUCUGUUUGUCUGUAUUGUCAUUUGGCUAUUUUUAUGUGGGAGGUAUUUCCAUUGGAAGCAGCUGAUUUGGCUGAUCUCAGAGGGGUAAAAAAUGCAAAUGCAAAUUCUGAGAAAUGCAUGUUAAUUUGAUAGCAUCUUUUUUUUUCCCCCAGAGAAGGCAUCAGCAGUCAUUUACAGCACUGCAGGCUGAGUGCUGUGUGCCAGAUGCUACUGUUUUAAUGCGACUGUAUAUUAAAGUAAAAUGAAAGCACACUUGUCCUUGCUUUAGGAGGUGAAGUCAACUUUAGUUACCUAUGUAUAAAACCUACAAAACCACGGAUCUUGGAAAAAUUUAUUUUUGGACAGUAAUACUAAGGAAGUCUAUGAAACAUUGGAGUUGCUACAUUAAAACAGUUGGUUAUCUACUCUGUCUCAAAAUAAACUGCAAAUUGAUUGGGGAUUCAAAGCUUCAGAGGAAGUUAAAAACGUCCCAUAUGUACCUGGGUAAGGUAUGUUAUUCUUCUUCCAUCUUGCCAGAUAAAACAGCACAGCGUUCCAGUUAUUAAUACAGUAGAAAUCUAUUCCUUUGUUCAAGUUUAGGUACAUUACAGAGCAGCAAAUUGGAAAAUGUCAUCAUUGACCCAAAACUGUAUGAAGCACAUGUUUUAACAAGCCAAAUGAGUCUGUUUUUUUGUAAGUAUUCCUUUUAUUCCCGUAGUAGAAUAACACAAAUAAGAGCAUCCAAACAACUUUUAUUGUUCAUUGUGUCUGGUUGCUAUUCUCUAAUGUAAACAGUGCUCACCAUUUCUUACACAAUGUACAUCCCCUUGAGCCUCAGUACUGUAAUUAGUUUUGUUGCUUUUCCAAGCUUUUGUUUAUAGCUUUGCUUUAAUUGCUGAAAGGAGAUAUUACUGACUUAGGCAAGGUUAUCUGUUGCCCAUUUUAUUACAGCUUACAAGUUUACAUGAUUCUGCUUUGCUUACUGGAAGGAAAAAAAAAUGGGUUCUUACUUUUCUGAUGUGACUGUUGCUUGUACGUAGUCCCUGUGUUAUGCUGUGAUCUAGUCUAACUUCAUCUGUUGAUUCUUUGCUGUAAUCAAAAUAAGGCCAUUAGUGAAUUGCAGCUUUGUUAGACUGCAUCCUGGGUGCUGCAGCAGCAUCCUCUGCUGGAGACUUGCUGAAGGAAAAAUGCUUUGCAAGGGGAAAUAGGGUUGAUUUUCCACAGGAUUCUGGAACCAAACUGAAUGUUGUCCUACCCUUGGCUGUAUGGUGGAAAAACUAAUUACCUCAGCUACUGGGCAAGCACUCAUCCCUUUCUUGACUAAGAUCUAAGAGGGUAGAAGCCUGCUAGUUCUUUUUAAUAGUUAUGCUGGUGAUAGGGCCCAAGUUGUGCUGUCUUUCUUUUGAUCUGCAGCAGUUAAGGGUGCUCAGUGGACCCCUGGGUCACUCUCCAAGGAGUAUGUUGGCUGUGUGACAGAGACACUUGGAAGGUUGCUCUGCAGCCACUGACUCCUUGAGAGUCAGAGACAGUUCUCACCUUACUGAAUUUUUCCUUAAGCUGAUGCUUCUCUAAUGAAAUCAGCAGUGUUGUUUUUAUUUCUCUCAAGUGGCAGGACAGACAAGGCAGCAGCCAUUUCAAAAACACACACUUUAAUUGUAUUAAAAAAUACCCAUAUUUUAGUAAGCAGUUUCUCUUCACAGCCACAGCCCUAUGGGAGAAGCCACACAUCUGCAAGCUGCAGACAACAUCAGAGCUGUUAGAACUACAACCAGCCUGCUGCAAGAGGUGAGAUGGCAAGAACUAGCUUCUGGUUCAUCUCUACCAUUUUACAGGGAAAACAACUAAUUCUCUUCCACAGUAUCAGACACAUGGCUCCCACUGCAGUGUUGAUUCCUUGCUUGAGCAUAACCAAGAGCUUCCUUCAGAAUUGGUAUUGUUAAUUCUCUUCUGAUGUUAAAGUACUAAAUAUCAUCUGAGACACAGGCUGAUAAUUAAAUAUUCAGAUCAGCAUAGGUUGAAUAGCUUGUAUAAAUACCAUUCAAGUAAUUUCCCCCCUCCUCUGUCGUUCAAAGGCCUUCCACCAUGAGGUGGUUCUAGACCUCUGAAUUGGAACAUUCAGAGGGGGGUGUGUGAGGCAAACAUUAAAUAAAAUAAGCAGAGUCUGAACCUGCUAUCUGCAGUGCUGAGGAAAGGGCUCAGUUCUCAUGUUUCUGUCUGACAGCAAGACAAACAAUGUCGUAUAAACUCCAAGACAGGAAGGAGGAGUAGAAUCCUAGGUCCCACUCUUGAAAAUGCUUUCCUGGCUUCAAUUUACAGUCCGUUCUAGAAGGGCUUUGAAUACUGUAACAUAAAUAAA